UGCGACGCGCGACCUAACGCCGGCAAGACCGACGCCGCCCUCGCCCCCGUGUAAAGCUCAACGAGAUCUGUGGUGUAACCACGAGACGAGAGAAAGCUCGAAAUUGAAAAAAGAUUAGAAAUCACCGCGGGACGUUGAUCCGCAUGGUCGAUCCGAGUGAGUCGACGCAGGCUCGAGGAGAGAUCAUACGAGAGAUAUUUCGGAAAGAUCGAUCUUGAAAAAGAUUUUUGAGAAAGCAAGAUAAAAGAGAAGAUAGAGUCAAGGAGAAGGAAAGAAAUUUCAGCCGAAAUACUGAGAAAAUUGACAUAGAAUCUUCGACAAAAUAGUCGAAAAUUGUCAGACCACCCAUUCAAUCUCGUUUUGUAAAAUAUGACAGAACAAUUCCGGUGUGCGAGAAAAGAUAAAGAAUCGAAUUGAUCGCGCGGCAGAAAAGCCAAGGCAGAAAAUAAAAUUUAAAGAACAAAUGAUACGUACCGUGCGCGAAAUAUGGAAAUGCGCGAGUUGUUUCGAGAAUAAGAAUUGAAUAGCUCAGAAAAGCGAGUUCUGCGAAGAGAGUCCCGUUGUGAGAGAAAAUUACUGGACAAAACGGGGAAACCCUCCACUGUCAGAAUGUCAUCGUCGGCGAAAAUCGAAGAUGCCGGGCAUUACAUCAGGCCGUCGGCGUCGUCGGAAAUUAAAAAAUGCGCUCCCGUGCUUUGAAGAAAACGCGUGGAGUCGAGAAGAGAGAAGGGUGAUCGAGGAGAGACGAGCGGAUAAUCGAGAGAUAUCACGCGAUCAUCGCGAGGAGCGAGUGAUAAUUGCUGGCGAAACGUCCGAUCGACUUCUCGUCGGGAAAGCUGCCCGCAGGAUCGCGGCAAAUUAUUUCCCCGACGGUGAGCCUUGAAACGACGCCGAUCGAUUCCUCGAAGGAUAAUAACACUCCUCCUAGCCUCGCGGUCCCUUCGAGAUACGCGAUACGUCCUUGGCCCGGUUUGCGCCAUUAACAGGCUCAAGCGGAGUUUUUUUUUCGCUCCCGCGUUUGGGACCUUCGCGCAAGAGUGCAACCCGACUCAAUCCGGAACCUCGCGCUUUUGCGUCCAGUUUGGAACCGGACCUGGCGAGAGAACAGAUUUCUUCCGCGGAUUUUCCCCCCGACCGUUCCAGCGUGCUGUUGGUCCGAAGUGAGUUAUUCUAUGAGGGAAUUCUAAUUAAAGUUGCAACCGUUCGACUCACCGUACCGUGCGUGUCGGCCUACGCGCGAUAGGAUUACGUGAUCACGGGCAAAAUCAAGAAUAGCGUUAAUCCGAAUCUCGCUCUCGAACUUUCGAUAACGUCAUGCAUAUACCUUUGUAAUCUGGCAUGCCUGAGCGAACUACUAUCAGCAGCUCUCAUUGAUGUCUACACGUUUCCAAGUAGAUUUUGCCGAGAUUAACGUGAAGCGAAUUCAUGAGGUAAUAAAGCAAACAGAGAUUGAGUGUUGGAUGUAAUUUCCGGUAUAACGAUUUUGGAUCUUUGACUUGUCAAUCGAAAAGGCGUAACAUUGCAAGUUACAUUACACAUCGCUAUUAUUUAUCUAGUAACAAUGUUUUUCAUAUUUAUCAUUAGUAAAGUUGUGAAUAUAAUUAAUAUUUAGAAAAUAAUUAAGAGAAUAAUAGUGGAAGUAAGUUUCUUGGUAUUGAAGAAUCACGCGAGAAGCGCUAGAAUUCGCAAUAAUAGAUGAUAGACGAGGCGCACAAAUGCGCGGUGAAUAGAAGCAUUUCUCCAAGAAGGGAGAGCUCACUCGUUGAUAAUCGUGUCGAUAAUCCCGCGAUACUUAGCGCAAUCAUUCGCUACGUAAACCGCCUGAUAUGACUCUUCGUUUGAGGCACGAAACGUGAUAUCUCGUAGAAACUAGAAACGAUGAGAGGAAUACGUGCUCUCGAGGUGGUGACCAAUAGCUGGCCGUAAUCUCCGGAAAGUGAACUCCGCUGAGUAAGAUGGAAGAGUCUUCCGCAGAAUAUUUGCCCAACGAAAACGCAUUUUGAAAAUCACCGGCAUCUCUCUGUCGCCGCGGAGAGAAGCUGCGUUAUUAUAAUCUCUCGUGAAAUAGAACGGGAACAACUUUCAGAGCAAUAGAGUUAUCACUUGUAAACGAUUAUUCUCGGAAAUUUUACUCGAGAAAAUUUUAAAUUUUGAGAGAAGGGAUAAGAAUCUAACAUUUUUGAGAAUCAGUUCAGAGCUUUUAUGUCGUGGACACUUCCAAUUUGGAUCUUGUUAAGAAAGACUAAACACCGAUCGAGAGCUUUGGUUCGGAGCUGCGACGUGAGUGAUUGCGAAUCGAAUUCGGUGCGAGACGAUGCGUCACUGUAGCACAAUCAGCUUAAUCGUAAUACGCUGCCACAGAAAGCGAAGCAUUCGGGAAAUUUAACGCACGAACAUAAAAAUAUUAUAAUUCCAUUGUAAUUUAUAACGAACAACUCGGAGUAGAGGAAAAUAAAAUUGUUUUAAAAAGUUGGCAGUUUAUUGAGUGGAAACUUCGCCGGGACGGCAGUUGGAAACUUAAUCGAUGCAGUACGAAGUGCAGAGGGAAGUACACGAAUAGCGCGAGACACUUGACGAGCGUCAAGGAGCGAUAUAUGUAUAUGUAUGUAUAUAUCAGUUUCCGCGUAUUUCUUGCUGGCAAAGACCGGCGAGGGUUGUAAAAUUUACGACGAGACAGCACUGCGGCUGAAAAUCGCUACGAGGAAAAGCGCAACCGUAAAAAUUGCGCAGCGUGAAAGCACCAGGAAGAAUAGAAAAAUUACCACGCGGCACUUGUUUCCCUCGAUAAAAGGACCGCAAUAAAGAAGGAAAAAAGAUAAAAAAAAGAAAAGGGAAAGAUCGAUCGCUCGAGAAGAGAACCAGCUGCUCGGAUGAUCUCACCGAAACAGUGUCUAAUUAAGUUUAAUAAACAGUGUCCAAUUAAGCCAGAGAGUGGAAGCGCCGGGCGAGCACGUGGAGGAGGGCCCGACGGCGCGCAAGAGCGGCCUCAUACGCGGUCUCGUACGCCGAUUGAGCAGCGGCGGCGGAACGGGGCGAUCGGCGCGUUCGAUCGUCGGCGGGUCCAAGGGUGCGGGUGGCGGCGGUGGAAGUGGUGGAAGAGGCAUCACGAGUCCCAGCGGUGGUUCCAUCCUCGCAGCUGGGCAACAGUCGGUCGCGGGGGCCGAUAGCACCACGGUGUCCGCAUCCGGGACCCCCCACGGUGGCCGCGGUACCCCGAGCCGACGGUCCAGCCGCGAUUUAAGCCCCUCGAAGAAAUCGUCGUCGGUGUCGUCAGUGACCGGCCAGCAGGAUGCGACGGUGGCCAUUCACGGGGACGGGAGUGGUACCGCGUCGUCGUCCGGCAGCGGUACCGGGCAAGAAUGGUGGAAGAUAGUCGGCAGCAUAAGGCGCAAGAUGCGCGGCAAGACCACCCAGAACAGCUCCAGCAUAUCCGAGGCCGCUCUGCAGGACACGACGAAUCGCAAUCAGGAUGACUUCCUCAAGGCUGCGAUGAGAAUCUUCUUGGUGGUGUCGCCGCCGAUGGGGCGCAUUCAGGUGCGUUCGAGGUCGCUAACACAGCUGGACUCCCUGGGCGGCAGCAUGCUGGACACGGGGGAGCAUCAUCUGGAGAGCGAUACCUCGCAACAGCAACCCCAUCAGCAGCCCCAUCAGCUGCAACACCACCCCCUCGGCAUCGAGUGCAACCGGAUUCGAUUUCUCGCACCGAGCGCGACACCCGCCGAGAUCGCGAACUCUAAUCGCAGGCACAAGCUCUCGCGAUCUCAGGUAUCCAGUAACGAAUACUUCAGCGUCAGUUUCGAGGUGGGCGACGACGCCGCGACUUCGUUCGACCGGGAGGAGUUUCUGCCGGCGACGCGGGGAACUUACCUGGUAGAUGUGCUGAGUUUAGCCUGCGAGCGCCGCGGCGUCGAUUUAUCGCGCGUUGAAGUCUUGGACAGUUCCUCGACGCCGUUAUCCCUGCUGACGACGGACGCCUCUACCCUCGGUGGAAAACAUCUACGAGUAAUCGUUAAGGACGAAAGAUUGAAUUCUCGAACACCCAGCCAAAGAGGAAAUCAGAAUGUGCUGUUACGGAAAGCCAGUGGGAAUUAUCGGAAUCGAAGCGGUCGUUUCUUCAGCGUUUCCACCGAAGACACGAAUGUCGAUUCCGAGGUUGGUACCUGCACAACGAUCUCUUCCGGUCGGAGUUCCGGUGGAGCUACAGGACUCAAGGCCAGUAAACAGCGAUGGAGCGGGUUCUUCACCAAUACCAAGGGUAUCAAGAUGGACCUGUUAACCGCCCAACUGGACGAGUACAACAAGCAUGGCGUGCCGAAAUUGGCGAACGUUCAUUUGCAGUGCGAUGUGACGAUCAACGAAGAAGCUCUCUACAAUUUAGAGGGUGACUGGCACGACAUUGUCGAGAAUUCACAGAUGCUCUCGGAGAAACAAUCGCAGCAGCAAACCGCACUCUGGGAAUUGGCUAAGACCGAGGUGGCCUACAUUAAGACAUUAAAGGUUGUGACAGAUCUCUUCAUGGCAUGUCUCUGCAGCCUGCAGGCCUCGAACAUCCUGAUCGAGGUCGACAGGCUGAAGCUCUUCAGCAAUAUACCCGAUAUCUACGCCGCCAAUCGCUACUUCUGGACUGAGUAUCUACUCGCGAUGGUGAACGCGGCGAGAUCGAGCGGGCAGCCGCUCGAUCCCGGUCAUCUUCUGCUCGGCUUCGAAACUUUCGAAGAGAUAUUCGCGCCUUACACGAGAUACUGCGCCGAGCAGAGCAAGUGUCAGCAGUAUUGCAAGGAUCGACUGAACGAUAAUCAGCUUUUCACGGCGUAUCUGGUGUGGUGCGAAACGCAAAAGGACUGCAACCGAUUGAAGCUUAUGGACAUACUAGUGAUGCCGAUGCAGAGGCUUACCAGGUAUUCGCUCCUGCUCAAAGCCGUCUACAAGAACACCGAGAACGAAGAUCAACGCGCGGAAUUGAUACACAUGAUCAAGUCCGUGGACGGUUUCGUGGCGUCUGUGAAUGCGGCGCUGAGGAGGAACGAGGAAGCCGCUCAACUGGUCCGCGCAGCCUCGCGUUUGGAGUGCUACGACGUCGUGGAGACCAAAGGGCUCGACGAGGAAGUGGAGAAACUGAUAAAGUUGUACAGCAAUCUUGAUAUUACUACAGCGCCGAUGCCCGGCUGUCCAAAGGACAGCCUGAGGACCCUUCUUCGAGAGGGAGACUUGAAGUUAAGAGACGCCGCUACUAGCAAGAUGGAGGUGCACGUACUAUUAUUGACCGACAUGCUGCUGAUCUGUAAACCUUCGACGAAGAAAACGUUGAAGAUCAUUAGGCAGCCGUACGUCGUCGAUCGCAUACGGAUACACGAGGUCAAGGAGCCGUCUAGUCUGGGAUUGGUUUAUCUUAACGAGUACGGAACAGUCUCGGCCGCUUUAAUCCUCAGCGCCGGUGACCCGAAACUAGCUAAGUCGUGGAUGGAAUCCUUGAAACAGGCCCAUCAACAAUUCGCAUCGAUGAAAGUCCCGUCGCUCGGUGAACCCGUGAUGAAUCUGGCGCCUGUCAGCAGGCAACCAAGCACAUUGGGUGACGGCGAUUUCGAGGUAGAAGAAUACGACAAUACCUUUCCAAGAACUCCACGCGGCAGUAGCAGAGCCUCGCACGUCAGCAGUCUCGCUCAUAGUCACAGUGGUAGCAUGGAGAUGGAAGCAUCUCCAGGCAGCAGCAGCUUCCCCCCGAGCUACAAUCCCAGUAGAAACGUUAGCGUGGAAACGAACGAGCAACCGCGAGCGUCGAGCUCGCUGUCAUCAGAGGAAGGUGGCGAGUCGACCUCUGGGCAUAACCACCGAUCUAUGCACGUGAGGCGCUCGCUGAUGAGUAAAUCACCAACGCCUAACACGCUGAGCGUCCAGGUACCAUACUCGAGUCUAGGUCAGUCGCUGCCUAAUCUGACGCUGGCCACCUCGCCGCAGACCUCCACCGUGUCGCCGACGCCACCGAACUCGUUGUUGAUCGUACCGCAGAUGACCAAGAGCAAGGACACCCUACUAUCGCCUGGACACCGAGGUAGUAUAUCCUAUCCACCGCCGUCACCGCCGCGAGGUGCUCUUAGACGGGGGUUCGCGUUACCCCAAUCUCGAAAUCCACCCUUGAUGAAAACGAGACACGUAAACGCAUCUCUGACGCAAUCGGCGCAGGCAACGAUGGGCAAUUCCAACGCCGAUGUUAUCGAGGAGAGACGGAGAAGGCUAGAUCCUUCGCAGAGAGUACCGUCGACGAGCAGUAUCGUCGAGGAAAAGAAAUGACCUGCGAAUUGACCUGAAAGAAGAACUUUUGGUAUGGACCACACCGUCGACAUGGAUGUACGUGAUAUGUAAUGCUCAACGAGAUGCAUUCUUCUCUCUAUGUGUGAAUGCUGCACACGCUAUCACAUAGAAAACUCGUGGAGCAUUGAUCUUCGAGGAUUGAUUGUCUCGCACUCUUUGGAAUCCUACAACGCGAGUCAAACAAUACAUUACAAUCGAUUGGGGCCAUUCGAAAUCAACGUGUGAAGUUUGUAUCACGACCGUAUCGCUACUUUUAUCUCGUUAUCUUCUUGUAACUCGUAGAUGUCUCUUUGUAAUAAUUAAACUAAGUCCGAGUUGUCUACGAUUAAUAUCGUAACGUAGCACUGGACAGCCGCGUGCGAUAUUAAACACAGAUUUCGGUUUGGACUUUUAAGCGACGAACAGAAAGGCCUACUAGAGUAAUUACAUUAAGAUUACAUAGUGAUUGUAGGGCCGCAGCUAGCGUAUUAAGACGCCUUUGUAAAGGAGUUUAUUUAGGCGCCUUACGAUAGAACAAAAAUGUUUGAAGAAUUGAAGAAUUGGAAAUUGAUUUCGAGCUCAGAAACUAGGAAUGUGCAAGAGUACAAGUUGGCGUCUUUCCUCUCCUUUUCCCAAUAUCGGAUACAAUGCCUAUCUAACGACCAAAAAAGAGAGAAGAUCUUGAGUACAAUUGCCUUGUCCAGGCUUAAUGCGUUAAUGAGGUAUAAGAGCAUAGAACAUAGAAACGUUUAAAAAUGAUGGAUUUUAAAUCGCUGCGUUCAUUCUAAAGACAAGUUUUUAUUUAACGCUUGGAUAUGCAAUUGACAUCGCGCAAUUCAAACGUCGAAAUGGGAAUGACGUUCUUGUUCGCUUAAAAACGUUUGUUUAAAAACUCAAUUUAACUUUCCAGUUAUUUCUGGGUUAUGAGAAAGGAUUCAAUAACUAUAUUAACACGUUUGUCAACGUAUGCAGUCAAAGAUUGUAAGAAAUAUGCCGCAAAACGGGCCAUUGGGCUCUUUCCUGGCACCGCUCUCUAAAAUUGUUAUUGAAUAACAAAAUAAUAGCAUAACUGGGGGGAAAUUCACAGCCGGCAUUGGUGUACAAAAUUUCGGCAGUGGACUGAAAAAAGUAAGCAGUGGCCUAUAAUAUUGACGGCAUUGUCGUCAAUGGUUGGGGAGUGGUAAUAAUGACAUGUGGCAGUGGCAGUGCAGGAGGUAUUGCAUAGCAUUGUUAAGGCAGUGUCCGAAUUUUAUCCGGCAUUGACUCGGCAGUACGGCAGUGGACGCCCCCUACGUUUUUUUAGAAAAUACAUAUAUCCGAAUACCUAAUAGAUAGCACUAUGUUGACUACAUCUUAAACAACGUUAUAUUUCCAAAAUGUU